AUGGGGAUUCUGCUGCUAGUGUGGGUGGGGAUCUUCUUGGCCAAGGCGGUGUGGUGGGUAUGGUGGAGGCCGAGGAGACUGGAGAGGUUCUUCCGGCAGCAGGGAAUGGAAGGGAAUGCCUACCGGUUUCCCUUCGAGGACGUCUUGGAACAGAGGGGGUGGAACAUGGAGGCGCACUCCAGACCUAUGUCCUUAUCUCAUGACAUCGUUGCCCGCGUCGUUCAUUGGAUGCGGAAGAAGAUUCCAAAACACGGUAAGCGGUGGUAUACAUUGUAGGAGAAGAGGGUUUCCUAGGCCUCGCCGAUGUGAUUUCUGGUUCUGUUAUCUUCGCUGUCUUUUGGAUGAGAUGCCUACUAAAUGUCCUUCGACAGUAUGCUUGGGCUUCUUUUCAUCUCAGAGACACAGAGAGAGAGAGAGAGAGAGAGAGAGGCCGACUUCUCUGGCAGCCUGCACUAACCUAGGACAAAAACGGCUAUAGUAAAAAAAGAGUCUCCCGUGUGGUUCAUUCGUAAUUAUGGCAAAUGUUUUUGGGGCUAAUAUUCGUCAUGUGAUAUCAGCUCCCAUCAGUCCAUUCAUUCUCGCCCAUUUUUCUGUGAUUUCGGAGGAUAAUGCCGCACAAUCGGUGCGAAAUAAUAUAAAUCUGAUUUUUAUAAUAAAAGCCUUGUGUUGAUCGAGCGAGCUUGCGUCAAUAGAACUUUCGGUCACCUUAGAAGAGUAUAUUAUCUUUAUGGCGUUCAUUCCGAUUGCCGUGCUUGUAUUAAUCGAAUUCGGCAGGCGUAUUUCUGACUGUCAGAAUAAGUUCUUUCGUUUUGAGGUUGCAGGUAAUUUUUUUUUCACUUGGCUUGGUCCACAUUCGCAAGUAGUGAUCGAGGAUCCUCACGUAAUCAGAGACAUUCUUGCUCACAAGUCUGGUCACCUUACGAAGAUGACACCAGAUACUCUCUUGAAACUGCUUGUGACCGGAAUUGUGAUUUAUGAUGGCGAGAAAUGGGUAAAACAGAAGAAUCCUCAAUCCGGCCUUCCAGGCGGAGAAAUUGAAGGUAACGAAGAAGAAGAAGAAGAAGAAGAAGAAGAAGAAGAAGAAGAAUCUGUUGUUUUCUUCCCUCUUCAUAGUUCUUACUAUACCACUAAGCUAUCAUGCGAGAGAAUUUUUUUUAUACCUACUAAGCUUGCUUUAUGAACCCCUGAGCCCAGCAUUUUUCUAUGUGAUCUUGUGAUCCGGCAGCUCGUGGUGUCACCGUUCUUGGCAUGUUGCACGGAGAUAAUUGAUGGAUGGGAGAAAAUGGUUCCCUUCGAGGGCUCCUGUGAGCUCGAUGUGUGGCCCGAGUUUCAAAAUUUUAGCGGGGACGUCGUAUCUAGGACAGCAUUUGGAAGCAGUUACGAAGAAGGAAGGCGCAUAUUCCAACUCCAAGUAGAGCAAGCUGUCCACCUUAUUCAGAGUCUUCCGGGUGUCAUCAUUCCAGGUUACAGGUGAAUAAUGGAUUAUUCCACGAGAGUUUCCAAGAAUCUCCAUGUAUCUACGAACUGUUGGCAGUGCCCAAAUGUAUCAGAUUUUCUUCCUUCCAUCUUUCUGCACCGAUGUGUCUGUUCUAGGUGCUUCUUUCUCUUUUGGUUGAAGGUAUGAAUGGUUUUAUCAUCUUUCAGGUUUCUUCCCACAAAGAGGAACAGAAGAAUGAAAGCCAUCGACAGGGAGGUGAAAGGCCUCCUUAGGAACAUCAUCACAAAAAGAGAGAAGGCCAUGCAGCUCGGGAUGGCCAGAGAUGAUGACUUGCUGGGCUUGCUCCUCGAAUCCAAUCAAAGUUACGCCGAAGAAGAUGGAAAUCAAGAAAAAACAAGGUUGACGACAGAGGACGUGAUUGAAGAGUGCCGGCUCUUCUAUUUCGCCGGGCAGGAGGCAACCUCAGUUAUGCUUACUUGGACAGUGGUGGUGCUGAGCAUGCAUCAGACUUGGCAGGACCGAGCAAGAGAGGAGGUCUUGCGAGUGUUCGGUAGAAGCAAGCCAGAGCCUGAAGGCCUGAGCCAGCUGAAAGUUGUGAGUAAUCAGCCAUCUCAUUGUCUUGUAUCUCCGUUAUGCACCCAUGAUCCCUCUGGAUCGCCGUCAUCUUUCCAGGUAAUUACUAUUCUCUAAAUCAAUAGAAAUCUUCCCUGGCAGGUCACAAUGGUCCUUCAGGAGGUUCUUAGACUGUCAACUCCUGUCUCUUUUAUCUAUAGAACUACACAGACGGCCGUGAAGCUGGGUGACUUCCAUUUUCCACCUGGGGUGGGCUUGUUGUUACCGUCCGUGUCUGUCCACCAAGAUCCAGAAAUAUGGGGAGAAGAUGCCCACGAAUUCAAGCCAGAGAGGUUUUCCGAAGGGGUUUCCAAGGCAUCGAAGAGCCAAGCUGCCUAUUUUCCUUUCGGGUUUGGCCCCCGCAUUUGUAUGGGGCAGAACUUCUCCAUGGUGAAAGUAAAAAUCUGUUUGGCCAUGAUUCUUCAGCACUUCAGCUUUGAGCUCUCACCUUCGUACGUGCAUGCUCCCCACACAGUCAUAACUCUUCAGCCCCAGUAUGGAGCUCAGAUCAUCCUGCACAAGCUGUGA